CGUCUACUUUCUGACAUGCGCAUUGAUGUGGUAACGAGGGUAAACAAGGUAGGCCAACUUGCGAGGGACGAAGGCCAACUUACAACUGACGAGUGCCAAAAUAUAAACAUGUCCUACUCGGGCCCCAUGUUGUCCGGGGUGGACGCCAUCCACGUGGCGACGGUCCUCGAGGACUGUGUGGAUCAGCUAUCCGUACUGGGCCGCAUCAUGCCUGUGUCGUUCGAGUUCAAGCCAGAUGCCAUGGAGAUUGUGCGUGGGGAUCUGGCCCAGUUGGUGGAUCGCCAGGUACAGCUGGAGUCAAAGUACCAGUCGGUCCUGUCCAAGAAAAUGGAGAUGAUCGGAUCCACCAAGAACCCGGAGAAGCUGCAAGAUGUGGAACAGGAACUGCUCAGCGCAGGAGGAGACCUGAAGAACUCAACUCAUGUUUUUGGCCGGACGCUGAGGCAGAAUCCUUUGACUCAGGACAAUCUGGUGAAGAUUCAAGAAGACAGGGUCUUCCUUGAGUCGGUGAUGGGCGACACUAUGACAGAGCUGGUACAGAACUGCAGUUUCCAAGCUUUACUGGAAGCUGUGAAUGCUCAGAAACAGCACAAAGCUUCUUUACAAAGCACCAUCCAAAAGGAGGAAGAUGGCAGGAAAAAGGUGAGGGAGUUACAGAGACAGUUGCUGGGGGUGAAGAAGCAGAAAGAGACCGAGAUACAGCAGCGUAACGAGAUGAUCUCGCAUCUCAAAGACCAGCUACAGGAAAUGAAAGCCAAGACGAACAUGGAAGGGAAGUACAUUAAGAAAUGUGCAGAAGUCGCCGUCGCGCAGUCCCAGAAACGCUGCUUCCUGUCUGAGAAGGAUAUGAAAGAAGAGAUAGAGAGAUUGCAGGUGAAGAUUGAUGAAGAAGUCGGUGCUCACCAGAAGAUUGUCUCCUAUCUGCAGACUCACCAGAAGGACCUAGAGAAGAAGCUGGAGUUUUGGAUUGACAAAUACGAGACAGACAAAGAGGCGAAACAGAAGGAGCUGGACACACUGAAACAAACCAAAGCCAAAGACUUGGAGAAACUGCAGGAACUCACAAAACUGUACAAAGAGUAUGAGCAGAUCGUGGUGGAGGACAGGAUUGAGAAGGAGAAGGCCAGGAGGAAGGCGGAACAGGAAGCCAUUGAGCUCCGGUCGGCUAUCAGGCUCCAAGCGUGGUGGCGAGGGGUCAUGGUGCGGAAAGGAUUCGGCCCCUUCGGAAAGAAGAAGAAAGGCAAAGGAAAGAAAGGAAAAGGAAAAGGAAAGAAGGGAAAGAAAAAGAAGUAAGAAGGAAAGAUGGGACAGAAAAAGAAGUAAGAAGGAAAGA